AUGGCGACUGCUCGCCAGCAGCCAGCAUGGAAGAAACCCGCCGCAACCGACGCAGAAUUGCCCUCACUCAAAAUCUACAAUUCCCUGACCAAGACCAAAGUGCCAUUCGUGCCAAUAGAUCCCACGGGGAAAAAGAUUAGCUGGUAUGCGUGCGGACCAACUGUAUACGAUGAUUCACAUCUUGGCCAUGCGAGAAACUACGUUACGACCGAUAUCAUUCGUCGCAUUCUCCGCGACUACUUCAAAUUCGAUGUACAUUUUGUCAUGAAUAUUACUGAUGUCGAUGAUAAAAUCAUUCUCCGUGGUCGUCAACAAUACCUUUUCAACAAAUUCGUCAAUGCGCAUCCUACAGUCGACGCAGCUGUGCUCGAUACCGCCAAGGCUGCAUACAAGGCUUACUUGACCAAAAAUUUGCGACUGCUCGACCCCGAACUUGCGCCGUCGAAAUACCAGGCCGAGGUGGAGAAGGUAUAUGCAACCGUAUUGAGUGGAGGUCCUCUGCCUGGAAACGAGAAGCCCGGUGACGAUGAAGCCAAGACGAAGAUGCACAUCAAGACACUUGCGUCGGCAGCAAAGGUUAUCGCGGAGGCUGAGGUCGCUCCUCCUGCAUUGAGUGAAACUUUUUACGCGGAAGCUCAGGAUGUUUUUCUUCCAUACCUUGACCAGCUCGAGGGAUCGACGAUUGAUGCGAGCGACUACUCCAUCUUCACCAAGCUUACGAGGAAAUACGAAGAACGGUUCAUGCGAGACCUGCGGGAUCUAAAUGUCUUGGAUCCCGAUGAGCUCACUCGCGUCACCGAAUAUGGUCCGCAAAUCGCCCAAUUCGUUGAACGCAUCGUCGAAAACAAGUUCGCAUACGUGACUUCUGACGGCUCGGUCUACUUUGAUAUCAAGGCAUUCGAAGAAGCUGGUUUUCCAUAUGCCCGACUCGAGCCAUGGAGUAGGUCCGACGGCAAACUGGUCGCAGAAGGAGAAGGAGCCCUGACAAGCAAGACAACCGAGAAACACUCACCAUCCGAUUUUGCGCUGUGGAAGGCAUCAAAACCAGGCGAGCCUAGUUGGUCCAGUCAAUGGGGCAAGGGUCGACCUGGAUGGCAUAUUGAGUGCUCGGCCAUGGCUUCAGAUAGACUGGGCAAGUCGAUUGAUAUUCACAGUGGUGGAAUUGACCUGGCAUUUCCCCAUCACGAUAAUGAGUUGGCGCAAAGUGAGGCUUAUUGGAAUACUCAUUCACAUGAUCAGUGGAUCAAUUAUUUCUUGCACAUGGGACAUCUUUCGAUUCAAGGAUCAAAAAUGAGCAAGAGUCUCAAGAACUUCACCACAAUUCGAGAAGCUCUGGAAAGAAAAGAUUGGACCUCCCGCAGCCUGCGCAUUGUAUUCCUUCUUGGCAACUGGAACAGUGGUAUUGAAAUCACAGAGGACGUAAUCAACUUUGGUAACGCGUGGGAGGACAAGCUAAACAACUUCUUCCUGAAGAUGAAAGACCUCGAUAUUUUGAAAAAGUCGACUUCCGGUACAGAUCAGUCACUAGGCGAAGCCCUUGAAGCCGCCAAGGCCGCUGUCAACGAACAUCUUUCUGACUCGUUCAAUACCCCAGCAGCCAUGGCCGCCAUCUCUGACCUCGUCACAAAGUUCAACUCUGCAGAUAAGGCAACAGUCAAUCCUGAUCAUGUUGAGCAAAUGGGUAGAUGGGUAACGAGCAUGGUCAACAUCUUUGGAUUGAACGGGUCUGCAUCUCCUGACGCUUCUGAGAUUGGCUGGUCUGGAAUCGAUGUACCGGAAGAGGCGAAACCAUACUUAUAUCCUCUGUCUGCUCUACGCGACUCGCUCCGUGAAAAGGCGUUGUCUAAUGAGGGUAUCUCCGCUGAGGAUAUCAAGAGCAUUGUUAGCAGCCAAGCAGAAUCCGAGACGCCAGCCUCUGACUCAGCCAAACCAUAUGCAAAGGUGCUAUCAGACUUCAAAGAUACAGUCGUCGCCCUCGAUAAACCAGAAACCAUCGGAAAAGAGAUUCUAGGUCUCUGCGACCGUCUCCGCGACAUUGAUCUCUUCGAUCUCGGCAUCUACCUCGAAGACCGAGAAAACCUUCCCGCUCUCGUCCGCCCCGUCACAAAGGAGCUGUUACAACUUCGCGAAGAAAAAGCUGCCAAGCUUCGUCAAAAACAACUCGAGAAAGAAAAACGCGAGAAAGAAGCACGCGAAAAGGCUGAAAAGGGCCGUUUGAGUCAUUUGGAUAUGUUUAGAACGAAUGAGUAUAGCGCUUGGGACGAUGAAGGUGUUCCGACGCGCGAUGCAGCGGGUGAGGAGAUUACGAAGAGUCGUGCGAAGAAGUUGAAGAAGGAUUGGGAGAGACAAAAGAAGUUGCAUGAAGCUUGGUUAGCGACUAAUGGUGCGAAGUGA